CACAACCACAAGUCAUAACUGUUUGAUAAGCAUAUUCAACUAAGUACUGACUAAUCAUAUCAAAACCUUCGGAAUUAACAAGAAACAAAAUUGACCAAAACUCACUCAGCUUCAGUUUCUGAGCUCCUCUAUCCGUUCUUCUUCUGCCACAUCUAUGUGAAAUUCUGAAUUGUGAAGUGAACCAAAAAAAAAAAAGAAAAAAAGAAGAAGAAGCAGCAUGUCAGAAUCAAACGCCCUAGCAAAUGGCUUGGCCGGUGCCGGUGGCGGUAUCAUUGCUCAAAUCAUAACUUAUCCUCUUCAAACGGUAAACACGCGUCAGCAAACUGAGAGAACACUGAAGAGGAACAAGCAGAGUUUGCUUCUUCAGUCUUCCAAUACAACCACUACUUCUGCUCCUGGCACUCUUCUUCAGAUCCUUCAUGUAAUUGGAGGUGAGGGUUGGGGUGGACUCUACAGUGGCCUUAAGCCUUCUCUGCUUGGAACUGCUGCUUCACAGGGAAUAUACUAUUACUUCUAUCAGAUUUUCAAGAACAAGGCAGUGGCUAUUGCAGCUGCUAGAAAACUUAAAGGCCAUGGAGAUGGUACUGUUGGAAUGUUUGGUUGGCUUGUUGUUGCUGCUAUUGCUGGGUCCUUGAAUGUGCUGCUAACAAACCCAAUAUGGGUUCUUGUGACUCGUAUGCAGACACAUACUCAAGCAGAAAGAAAAAUCAUGGAGGAAAAGAAAGAGGCCUUGAGGAUGGCAGCUUCUGAAAGCAGCUUAGCAGGCUCAAUAUUACGAGAGAAAUUGGCUGAACUUGAUUCUAAGAAACCACGGCCAUAUGGAACUAUACAUGCAGCUAAUGAAGUGUAUAGUGAAGCUGGUAUUGUUGGAUUUUGGAAGGGUGUCAUCCCUGCACUUAUUAUGGUCUGCAAUCCAUCAAUACAGUUUAUGAUUUAUGAGAGCUCAUUAAAGCGUCUAAGGGCACGAUCGUCUAAGAAGCAGGGUAAUGUAACUGCAUUGGAGGUCUUUCUCCUUGGAGCAUUAGCAAAACUUGGAGCAACCGUUUCAACAUAUCCCUUACUGGUUGUCAAGUCAAGGCUUCAAGCAAAACAGGAGAUUGGUGCUAGUAACUCAUUAAGAUACUCAGGUACCUUUGAUGCAAUACUGAAAAUGAUCCGUUAUGAAGGAUUGCCUGGUUUUUAUAAAGGGAUGAGCACAAAGAUAGUACAGAGUGUUUUUGCAGCUUCUGUUCUAUUCAUGAUUAAGGAGGAGCUUGUUAAGGCUUUCAUUUCAUUGGCAGAUAAGAGCAAAAAAGUUGUAUCAAAUUUGAGGAAUUAACUUUCAUUCCUCCUUAUAAGCUAAAGAAAGAAAUGAGCAGAUAAACUUUGCAAUAUGGAAGAAACUUCCUCUUCCCAAUGCAGUUAUAAUGCUCACAGCUUAUGGUGAAGCAUACAAGUAAGACUAACUUUGACAGCUUUGGAGAGCUAAUGAAGCUGUAGAGAGUGCUGCAGAAGAAUAUUUAGUCUCAAACGUGAAUAUUAAGAGCACCCUUUCUUUUCUCAACCUUCAUUUGUAACCAUAUAUUUGCGGCAUGUUGCAAACAUUAUAAAAUUGUUGCGUGCUAGCAUCACCAUGUAUUGCUAUUGUUAUGAAUAUGAUUGAGAGAUUUUAUCUCUAA